GGAAGGCACAAUACAUAAUAUCAAGUGAGUAUUCUUUGUUACCUCCCAGGGUCCCUAGAAGAGAUAAAGGAUAUUUAUUCCCAGGGAUGGCACUAAAAUGAGGCCUUCUCUUCUGUGUUUGCAUCAUAGGCCCUAGUCCCUGGUUUUUAGUGCUGGUCAAGGUGGAGUCUGGUGGUACUCCGCCAAUCCACGCGCCUUAUCUCAAUAUCUCCUCCGAUACUGUUACAUUGAUCGUCGCUUUCGCAUCCACCAAAACCGCCCGGCUGGUCCGUGAUAAGACAGGCCUCCUCACUUAGGAUGCGGAGUUGUGAGGUUCAUCCGGUGGCCGAAUUUAAGUAUAAAGCCUCCCUAUUAUCCACCCUGGCGCCCGCAUUAUUUCGAUUCCCUCCCAAGCUUCGCUCCCGAGUUGAGAUUUGGGCCACCACCACGUCCCAUGCCGUCCCUUAAGUCAGUGAUUCAUACUGCCGGCCUGGUCGGUGCCGUCGCCGGCCAGUAUUUCCCCCCAACCCCCGAAGGCCUGAAGAUCAUCAAUUCGAAGCAUCAGGAAGGUGUUAAGAUCUCGUACAAAGAACCUGGUAUUUGCGAAACAACCCCAGGCGUCAAAUCGUAUUCGGGUUACGUGCAUCUUCCCCCGGGUACUCUCAAUGAUGUGUCACUAGACCAAGACUAUCCCAUCAACACCUUCUUUUGGUUCUUUGAAUCUAGGAAUGACCCUAGAAAUGCCCCUCUUUCUAUUUGGAUGAAUGGUGGGCCAGGAAGCUCUUCGAUGAUCGGCCUGCUGCAGGAGAAUGGCCCAUGCCGCGUUAAUAAUGACUCAAAUACCACCGAAAUCAACCCGUGGUCAUGGAACAACUAUGUGAAUAUGCUCUACAUUGAUCAGCCGAAUCAAGUCGGCUUCAGUUACGAUAUCCCCACCAAUGGUACUUAUGAUCAGCUUACGAGCAAGUGGAACGUUUCAAGCUAUCCGGACGGUGUUCCGGAGCAGAAUAAUACGUUCUACGUGGGCACCUUCCCUAGCCAGAACAAAUCGACCGCUGCCAAUACCACAGAAAACGCCGCCCGCGCUUUGUGGUCCUUUGCACAGACUUGGUUCUCGGAAUUUCCGGAGUAUAAGCCGCACGAUGACCGAGUAAGCAUCUGGACAGAGUCCUACGGAGGACGGUACGGGCCAUCUUUCACUGCUUUCUUCCAAGAACAGAAUGAGAAGAUUGCCAACGGGUCCAUUGAAAUAGACGAUGCUCACUAUAUUCACCUGGAUACCCUCGGAAUUAUCAAUGGCUGCAUCGACCUCCUGGUGCAGUCACCAUCGUACCCCCAGAUAGCAUACAAUAAUACAUAUGGCAUUGAGGCCAUCAACAAAACCGUAUACGAUACGGCGAUGGAGGCUUGGAGCAAGCCCGGAGGCUGCAAGGAUCAGAUCAUCGAAUGUCGUCGGUUGGCCGCAGAGGGAGACCCCAAGAUGUACGGCAACAACGCGACCGUUAACAAGGUUUGUGCCAAAGCGAACGAUUACUGCAGCAACCAAGUAGAGGGCCCGUAUUCGCUAUACUCUGGACGAGGCUACUAUGAUAUUUCGCAUUUCGACCCCGAUCCCUUCCCCCCUCCGUACUACUUUGGUUUCUUAAACCAGCAUUGGGUCCAAGGAGCCCUCGGAGUUCCGAUCAAUUUCACUGAAUCUGUCGAUAGCGUCUACAAUGGCUUUUCCGCAACAGGUGACUACCCGCGCUCUGAUGUACGCGGAUACUUGGAGGAUAUCGCAUAUGUGCUAGACUCCGGCAUCAAAGUUGCCUUAGUAUAUGGCGAUCGGGAUUACGCCUGCCCCUGGAACGGGGGAGAAGAAGCGAGUUUGAAGGUGGAUUACUCGGAUGCCGCCAAGUUCCGCUCUGCAGGUUACGCCCCUCUGAAGACCAAUGCAUCAUAUAUUGGUGGCUUGGUACGGCAGUACGGAAACUUCUCGUUCACUCGCGUUUUCGAAGCAGGUCAUGAGGUGCCGGCAUAUCAGCCGGAGACGGCGUAUGAGAUCUUCCACCGUGCAUUGUUCAACAAAGACAUUGCAACGGGCAAGGUCUCUACCGCCAAGAACAGUACCUACUCCACUCAUGGGCCUUCUACGACUUGGAACGUUACCAACACGGUUCCUGACAGCCCUGCGCCUACUUGCUACAUUCUCGAGCUGGGCAGCACUUGCACGGAAGAGCAGACUGCGAGUGUCGUGAACGGAACGGCAGUGAUCAAGAACUAUAUCGUAGUGGAUAUAGAUUCGUCAUGAUGAUUAGAUGCUCAGGCCAGAUUUGAGCAUGUAUUGGUAUUUCUACCUGACAAUAUUAUUGUCCAUAGAAUAUUCCUAUGAAGAGUAGAUAGAAUGAUAGUACACAGUAACUAGUUAUCUAACUACUAUAGUUACUGUAUUACAUCAGAAUGGUUGCAUCAUGUGAAAGAACGUGGGGCUACUAGGCUAAACCGUAAAAAGAAAGUUCCCGUGGGAUCCAGUGAUUGAGGGACUAAAAGGACUGCCAGCAAACGAGUUGAGGCAGCAGAUAUGCAACGAAACCACCGGUACUGUAUACAAUGUCUGCUCCAGCGUGAUGGGUGCAAUCGAUACAAUCUUUUCAGACUAGGGAUAGUCUGGUUUUCUCCGUUCUUAUGGCAGAAAAAAAGUACGGACUUGUGGUAUCCGAACCUUCUCGAACCUUCGAUUGGCAGAGAGGCUUAUGCGGUCAACGUCACACGUCACAGUGCUGCUCCAUCGGGACUGGUCUGUCGUCACCUGAAUGCCGCCGUCUCGCUGCACGAUACAUGAAGCCACCUUCUACCCUCCUCUCAGUCUCCAUUUGCUAAAUGCCGGCUUAUUCG